AUGCAGGCGCCCAUGGACAUGUUCCCCACCGACUGGAGCCCGCCACCCAUAGAGUUCCUGAACCCGAGGGCGGUGCAGGCUGGCAGGGAGGACGCUGCGCAGAGGCAGCUGGGUGCGGCAGGCCCGCGAGAAUUGCAGAGUCUGGACAGAGAGUUGAAGCAGGAUCGCCUGGGCCCGGACGCAAAGGGGAACACAGCCUCACUGCAGAGGUUCUGGGACAUGACAGGCCCAGGCCAGCCGGCUGUGGCAGCACAGGAGGAUGACCACACCCCGCUCACCCCUGGGGGCUCAGAGAAGUAUAUCAACAGCUUGGAUUACCUGCUGCAGGAGAAGAGGGAACAGGCCCUGGAACAGGAGCGAGAGAAGCUGCUCCUGCAGAACUGUCUGGAUCUUGACUCCUUGGAUCUCAAUGAAGAUCAAGUGCCGCUCACACCCGAGCACAGGAUGCUGGUGGAGAAGUUCUCCGUGUCGCUGCAGGCCAUCCCAUCGGUACAUCCAGGAGAGACCGUGUUUCUGCCUAGACGGCACCCUCUGCCCUGUGCCCUGGACUCCUCACAAAUGGAGCCACACAGCCACCUGGAAGGGCUGUUCCUCAGCUCCUCACAGGCCCAGCAGCUCUCCUUCCUGCACGACGGCCUCCUUAGCAACAUCUACCUGCACAGGACCAGCUGCCCCGUGCCCCUGCUGCAAUGGCUGUUCCAGCUUCUGACAUGGCCUCCAGAAACGUCUUCAAGAGCCUUUGAUCUCCUCUGGGACCUGAGUGUGGAUGGGCUUUUCCGUCAGUCUGAUGAAGAAAUGUACUUGUGGUACCCAUCGCUGCAGGAGGUCAUGGAGGUGUUCUACAGUCUGGGAGCCUACUGCCCUGCGCUGUACCCGCUGGGGCCCUGCCGGCACGGUGACCAGGUGACUGAAAAUGAGGCUGACUUGGGCUGGCAGGUGGACUCCCCUCAGCAGGCGGCCUUGGACAUAAGCCUGAGCUACAUCUAUAAGAUCCUGACACUGUGCGCCCUUGCCCGGCCGGGGGCCUACACAGAUGGGAACCUUCUUGGCUUGAUCGAGCAGCUGUGCCGUGCUGGCCUGGACGUGGGGCUGCGCCUGCUGCCCAAGACUGACCUCCAGCAGCUCCUGCUCUUGCUCCUGGAGAACAUCCAAGACUGGCCAGGGAAGCUGCAGCAGCUGUGCUGUGCCCUGAGCUGGGUGUCCGACCACCAUCACAACCUGCUGGCACUCGUGCAGUUCUUCCUGGACGUGACCUCCAGGAGCAGGCAGCUCCGCAGCCAGCUCAGCCUCGUGAUCAUCGCCCGGAUGCUGGGCCAGCACGAGGCGCUCACUCUCUGGCAGGAGAAGACCCAGCUGUCGCUGCUCAGCCGGCUCCUGAGCCUCAUGAGGCCGUCAUCCCUCGGGCAGUACCUGGGCUCGGAUCCUUUGCCACCCUGCCAGAAGCAACAGCCAACGACCGGUGCUGAGCUAGACCACAAGGUCUGUUACCUGUGCCACAGCCUGCUGACCCUGGCCGGGGUGGUGGUCAGCAGCCAGGACAUCACUCCAGACCAAUGGGGGGAGCUGCAGCUGCUGUGCAUGCUGUUGGACCGCCACAUCAGCACCCAUAUCCGGGAGAGCCCCCAGGCCAUGCACAGGACCAACCUCAAGGACCUGGCCACCCAGACCUACAUCCGUUGGCAGGAGCUGCUGGCCCACUGCCAGCCCCAGGCCCAGUACUUCAGUCCCUGGAAGGACAUGUAA